AUGGCAAGUUACUGGUUUUUCUCCUGGUUCUCCCUGGCAGUGGCCCAGUCUCCGGUCGUCGAUCUAGGAUAUGCUAGCUACCAGGGCAGUUCAACCCCAAUGGGCAUCUCACAGUGGCUUGGAAUGCGCUAUGCUGCUGCACCAGUGGGUGAUCUACGGUUUGAAGCUCCCCAAGACCCAUCUGUGGUUUCGGGAACACAACAGGCUACGCAGCAUGGUCCACUCUGUAUCCCGGUUGCUGGCAGCUUAAACACUGCUGUGCCAUCUAAUACUGCAGAGGAUUGUCUAUUCAUAGAUGUUUAUGCUCCGGAAGGGGCUUCCUCUUCCGAUGAGAAACUACCUGUCUAUUUCUUCAUCCAAGGAGGUGGCUUUGCAGCCUUGACAAACCCCAAUUAUAAUGGAUCCGGGUUGGUUCAAGCAUCUGGAAAUAAAAUUGUCGUGGUUACGUUCAAUUACCGUGUCGGUCCCUUUGGAUUUCUGGCUUCGGAAGAAAUCGAAGAGGGUGCAAGUCUGAAUAAUGGAUUGAAAGAUCAGCUCAAGGCGCUUGAGUGGGUACAGAAUCAUAUUAGCGAGUUUGGAGGAGAUCCUGACCAUGUUGUUAUUGGUGGGGACAGUGCCGGAGGCGCAUCAGUCACUCUUCUUCUCUCUGCAUAUGGCGGACGAGAUGAUGGAUUAUUCAUUGGAGCGGCAGCCGAGUCUCAAAGCUUUGGAACCGUACUCAAUGUCACUGAGAGCCAAUUUUCAUAUGAUAGACUGGCUGUCCGCACAGGCUGUAGUAACAGCAGCGACACUUUAGCGUGUCUUCGCAACCUUGAUAUCAACUUGCUCCAAAGCCAGAACAUCGUGACUCCCUUACCGGGUGCCCUGGGAAAUCCUCUAUAUCUCUACAGCACAACGAUUGAUGGAGACCUAGUUCAAGACCUCACCUAUAAUCUCUUCGAACAAGGAAAAUUUAUCCAGGUCCCUGUGAUAUUUGGUGAUGACACCAAUGAAGGCACGAUGUUCGUUCCUCUGAGCACGUCCAGUGUUUCUCAAGCAGAUGAUUUUAUCAAAGACCAGUUCCCCAGCAUAACAACCGAACAACUGGCUCAGAUCAAUAGCAUUUAUCUUGAUGAAGAUCAAACGCACGAUUUUCCCAAUGCGCAACCUUACUGGCGGCCCGCUAGCAAUGCAUAUGGAGAAUUGCGCUACAACUGCCCUGGGAUUCAUCUGUCUUCCAUAUAUGCCGCAGCAGGUCUUCCAAGCUGGAACUACCACUACGCUGUCUUGGAUCCUACACAAGAAGCAGAAGGAUACGGUACUCCCCAUACAGUCGAGAUCAAUGCUAUCUGGGGUCCUGAGUAUGUCAGUACAGUUCCACCGGCCUCUUAUUAUACCACCAAUGCCAAUAUUGUCCCGGUGAUUCAAGGAUACUGGACGAGUUUUGUUCGGUCUCUGAAUCCGAAUAUCCAUCGAGACUCUUCCAGCCCAGAAUGGGAGACCUGGGGUGAAGGUGACGAUGCUUAUAAGCGGAUCUUCCUCCGGACAAAUGAGACAAGAAUGGAAACCGUGCCGACAAGUCAGAAAGAACAUUGUGAAUACUUGAUUAGUAUCGGCGUUGAACUGAGACAGUAA